AUGACCGAACUGGUGGACUUGUCAGUGGAGGGGAACUCCCUGAUAAGAGCUGUCUACCAAAGACGCCUCCGCCUCACCAGGCUGCUAUUAGAGGGUGGUGCCUAUAUCAAUGAGAGCAAUGACAGAGGAGAAACCCCACUCAUGAUUGCUUGUCGGACAAAACAUGUGGACACACAGAGUGUCAGCAAGGCAAGGAUGGUUAAAUACCUGCUGGAAAACAAGGCCGAUCCGAACAUACAGGAUAAGUCUGGGAAGACAGCCUUGAUGCAUGCUUGUUUGGAAAGAGCAGGCCCUGAAGUGGUGUCUCUGCUACUGGAAAGUGGGGCUGACCCCAGCCUGCAAGACCACUCCAACUGCUCUGCACUUGUGUACGCAAUAAACUCUGAAGACAAAGAGACCCUCAAAGUUCUUCUUAAUGCCUGCAGAGAGCAAGGAAAAGAAGUCAUCAUCAUCACAAUGGACAAGUCCGCAUCAGGAAGGCAGAAAACAAAGCAAUACCUAAACAUGCCUCCUGCACACCUCGAGGAAUGCCAUCCCCCAACUGCCUGCAUUUCCCCAUCGGAAAUAGAACUGAAAACAUCUCCAUCCUCACUUUCAAGUUCCAAUGAAACUGAGAAGGCAUUCUUCAGCUUUAAAGAGCUGGAUCAUCCACGAAGCGUGGAUAACUCAUCUCAGACAGUUUCACUGAUGAGAAAAUCCAGCUUGAUAAAAGCCAGGUCCAAGCUGGCACAAAUGCAGUGGCUGCAGUCUGAGCCUUGGAUAAAGAACUCUCCGUCACUGUUCCACCAGAAAAAAAUCACCUCUUUACACAAAGAAGUUCAGGAUAUUACCCCAGAAGAAGAGCUCUGUUCUAAAACCAGUAGCCUUGCUGCACCAAACAAGUUCAUCACCAGGCACCAGAGUGUUGACAUUAAAGACACUCCUCAUUUAUUGAAAACCUUUGAUCAAAGUAGAUCAAUGAAAUUAUUAUAUGACAAGAUAAACUCUCAGAUUCCUUAUGUGGAAGAGAAACAUAACCCCAGUGGGAUUCCUGUGGGUAAGGAUGCCAGUUUGGGACAAAUCAGCUUUAUUUCAAACCUUAACAGUGUUAUCCAGAAAAGAAACUUGGGAGCAAAUCACUACAGCUCUGAUUCUCAGUUAACUACUAGUAUGAGGCCUGCUGCUGCAGAAGACAGUAAGUCAGUGAUAGGAAAGAAAAACAUCCUUUCUCCCUCUCACUCUUUGUUACAAAAUUCUAGAGAAGUACUGCAGAACAUGCGUCCUGUUACUCUGACCAGGAGAAAUCAAGCUUUUCUAGAAAGACAGGGAUCGGGAACCUUACUGUUGGAUCACAUUGCUCAGGCAAGACCAGGUUUUCUUCCACCACUGAAUGUGAGUCCUCACCCCCCAGUUCCAGCUAAUACUUUGAUAAACAGGGUUUCUGGGAUGAUUUCUUGUGGAAAAAAGCACUUAGUUCCAGCAGCACCUGCUUUUCCUAGGAAGACCAAGAACAUGAAGAUACUCCUAAGGAGGCAGUCAUUACAGACUGAGCAGAUCAAGAAAUUAGUAAAUUACUAA